CAUCAUAUUUCACUCGGUGACUGGCUCCAGCUCUGUGUUCAGGAUGAGCAGUAAGAUCAUAUUUUACGAGGACAGAAACUUCCAGGGCCGCUCGUAUGAGUGCGACAGCGACUGCCCCGACACCGACCCACACUUCAGCCGCUGCAACUCCGUCAAGGUGGAGAGCGGCUGCUGGGUCCUGUACGAGAAGUCCAACUACGGCGGCUACCAGUACGUCCUGACCCGUGGAGAGUAUCCCGACUACCAGCGCUGGAUGGGCUUCAACGACACCAUCCGCUCCUGCCGCACCUUCUCACAUACCAGCGAGGGUUCGUACCGCAUGCGCAUCUACGAGCGGCCCAACUUCCAGGGCCAGAUGAUGGAGUUCAGCGAGGACUGCGAGUCGGUGCAGGAUCACUUCCGCAGCCGUGACGUCCACUCCUGCAACGUCAUGGAGGGAUACUGGACCAUGUACGAACACCCCAACUACCGCGGCCGCCAGUACUUCCUGAGGCCCGGGGAGUAUCGCAAGUUCAGUGACUGGGGGGCGACCUGCGCCACCACCGGGUCAUUCCGCAAAAUCACAGACGCCCGUGUCCAACUGAAAGCUCUUUUUUUAGAAUUGAGUCGCCAACAGAGCUCCUUGAAUGUGAUGCACAGUUUUGUUCUCCUGCGUCAGAUCAUCUUCUACGAGGGCAGGAACUUUGAAGGCCGUCACUACGAGUGCAUGAGUGACUGCACCGACCUCCACUCCAUGUUCGAGCGCUGCCGCUCCGUCCGGGUGGAGAGUGGCAUGUUCGUGAUCUACGACCGUCCUGGUUACACUGGAAACCAGUUGUUCAUGAGGAGGGGGGAGUAUCCGGACUACCGGAGCAUAUCCACCAUGAACGACUGCGUCAGGUCCUGUCGUGUGGUCCCCAUGCACAGCGGCACCUUCAGGAUGAGACUGUACGAGCACUUCGACAUGAGAGGUGAGACGAUGGAGCUGACGGACGACUGUCCCAACCUCAUGGAGCGUUUCCGAAAGGCCAACUGCAACUCCUGCAACGUGGUGGAUGGCCACUGGCUUCUGUACGAACAGCCCCGCUACAGGGGGCGCCACUACUACUUGAGGCCCGGCAUGUACAGGAGCUUCAGUGACUGGAGCGGCAACAACUCCAGGAUCAGCUCCGUCAAGCGUCUCAUGGAUCUCUAAAGACGGAAGAACGUUUCUGGUGAAAUGCCUGCUCUUUGCCCUGUUUCACACGCUGAAUAAAAUGGCGUCAGUGAUCAAGUGUUUUCAGUUUUGUUCUUGCUCUCUGCAUUUGGAGGGCACGUUUUUUCAGGAGGAUGUGACGACGUCUUGGCUGAACAUCCUGACUCUGAUCAGAGGACUCAAUAAAA